AUGAGCGACGAUAGCAAUGAGGCAGCAGCAUCAAGCUCUUCCCUCUCACCCACCCGCGCGCGCCCUUCCAACUCCUACCGACCGCGCGCGCACCUCUCUUUUCCCCAAGCAGCUCAACCGCACCUGGUCCGCGCCGCCCAAAAAGAUCUCUACUACCUCUCCACCCUGCAAUCCCAAUUCCACGAAGUAGCGCGAGGUAUCCUAGGUUCUCGCGCUUUGCACACCCACGCCGAUCUCAUCGCAGCUGGCGCAAAGUUGGCUUACUUUGUCGUUGCUACGAUGGGUGGAGCUCAGACGCUUGGCGAAGAGUAUGUCAAUGCGGUAUUGGCCGGUCCAAAUGGCAAAGUCGUCACCAGAAAGGUGAGUGUCAGUGCCUUUUGUGUCAAGAUGCCCCAUCACUCGAGCACAACUGAUCAUUCGUUUGCGUGCCAUUUCGACUUGGACAGCGUCGACUGCUGUUCAUAUCCCUGCACAUCCUACUCCCACUCCUCUCUGUUCAAAUCUACACUUUUCUCUCCCAACUGCUAGCACGUCUGCAAGCUCAGCGUCAAGCGGCGCUUCAUCGAGCACGUCUACGCGCUCAAGCCACGCGCUCGCAAUCCGCUCCUCUUCCCUCCUUGACGGAUCGAGCGAUCAGUCUGGCAUCCAAGGCGCUGCCCACGGAUGGCUUGCAAAAGACAAGGGAUUGGCUCGCUUGGAUCGCAAGCGCUCAUUUGGCCAUCUUUUACAUCACUGGAAAGUAUCACAGUGUGGGUCAAAGAGUCGCAAAGGUGCAAUAUGUGAGUCCGUAUGCGCAAGUGUGUGUGUGUGUGUCGCGCAUGUGUGUGUGUAUGUCUUCACAUGUUGGCGCCACUGCGUAACUGUGCUCAUGUUCGAGUGUCACCCCCGGCACGCGCAUUCACGCUCCCUUGCCUCGUGCACAGAUCUCGACCAUCCCUCGAAGACCCGGUUCUCGUCCGCCUUCCUACGAAGUGUUGGGUGUUUUGUUGGGCAUUCAGAUCGGCGUCAAGUCUCUGAUAUCCCUCUUGAAAUGGAGACGGGAACGACGAGAAGCUUCUUUGCGAUCAGGGCACGAAGAGGCGCACGGCGGCGGCGGCGGCGCAUCAUCCUCGAGCAGCGCAGCGGGUACGACGACGAAUGACCAGUUGGUCAGGUUGGACGAGACGAGCUGGUCGCACGCCAGCGUUCCGGCCAAGCGCACCGACAUUUCCAUCCAAGCCGGCGGAGCAGCAGCCGUCGUGCUACCUCUGGGCAGCGCGUACGGCGCAGAAGGGCAAGGGGAGGAGGGGGAUGCGCAGGUUGGAGAUGGGGAUGGGCAAGCAGACGAACCUCGAGGAAGUAGCGUACCGCUAGUCUAUCCCGAUCCCGACGCUCUUCCGAGCGCAUCUUCGUUGGGCCUAGCGAGCAGUGCGGAUAGGAGCACCUUGGACGCUCUCAGAGCUGCUGCGAGGGGUAAAGCUGCAGAGUUGGAGAGCGUUUCGCAAGGGAUUAGGAGGUGCACGCUUUGCAUGGAGAGCAGAGCGCCGCAAAAGGGCUCGAGCGCGGUGACGGAGUGCGGACAUGUGUUUUGUUGGGUUUGCAUCUUGGGCUGGUUGAGAGAAAAGGUGAGUAGAGAGAGAGCGCGCGCGCGCGUGCGAGAGUGAGAGAGGGGAGAGAAGAGAGAUGUUUGUCCAAAUUCUUGCGAGCCUGGGGGAGAAAGAGGGGAGCGAAUUUGGCAUCGCCUGAUUUGCCACAUCGCAUCUUCCAUCAUCGCUCAUGCCCUUGCCCUCGUCACACGAAUCUUAGCCCGAGUGUCCCCUCUGCAGACAACAUCUCAACCCUUCGCACGUCUUGCCCAUCUACAACUUCUAA